GGAAUCCGCCCCGGUUAGGGUUCGACGGUCAUGACCAGGUAAAACCUGCCCUCCUCGCAAUGAAUCCAUUUCAAAAAUCUCAGAAAUUUGAGAGAAGGAGAGAGGGCUUGAGGACACGAGCUCGGCGAUGGCGGAGAACAAGGAGUCGGUGUUCGAUCAGAUAAAGGAGAAGUUCCACGGGGCGGACGACUCCUCGUCGUCCGACGACGAGAAGUCCAAGGUGGUGGCGGCGGCGGAGGCCGCAAAGGCCAAGAUCUUCCGCCUCUUCGGUAGGGAGAAGCCCGUGCACCAGAUCUUGGGCGGCGGAAAGCCUGCUGAUAUUUUUCUAUGGAAGGACAAGAAAGCUUCAGCUGCUGUUCUUGGUGGAGCCACAGCAAUCUGGAUCUUGUUCGAGCUUAUGGAGUACCAUUUGCUUACUUUGGUCUGUCACUUGCUUAUCUUGUCUCUUGCUCUCAUUUUCCUCUGGGCCAAUGCUACGCAUUUGAUUACCAAGUCUACUCCACACAUUCCUGAGGUGAGCAUUCCUGAAAAAUUGGUUGUGGACAUUGCUCUUUCUCUGAGAUAUGAGAUCAACUGUGGCCUUGCCGCUUUGAGGGAAAUUGCAUCCGGACGUGAUUUGAAGAAGUUCCUUGCUGUGAUUGCUGGACUAUGGGUUCUCUCGAUCAUUGGGAACUGUACCAAUUUGGUGACAUUGCUAUAUAUCGUUUUUGUCACACUUCACUCUGUACCUUUCUUAUACAACAAGUAUGAAGACGAAGUCGACACAUUUGCAGAGAAGGUAACAAUCGAAUUUAAGAAGCAAUAUGCCGUAGUUCAUGCCAAGUAUCUGAGCAAGAUACCAAGAGGUCCAUUGAAGGACAAAAAGUUCCAGUAGCUGUAAAUCUUCAUGUUUCUAGUCGGUCUUGGUGGUUGUUGUGGGCUAUCAUUUUCUUGUUGGCGAUUUAUUGUUCUUUUUGACGAACCAUGUCUGGAUUUUGAUACUUGUACUAUGGUGGUUCGUGGCAGUUCUUUCUUUAACUAAUAUGGGCCAUACAAUAUACCGGUGUGCCAACCAUUGGUACAUAAUUUAUCAUUUAUGCCAAAUUUUGAUUAUGCUUGCUGGAUUUGUGUUA